UCGGACCGCCAACACACAGCUCGCCACCCCACCAGCCUCUGAGCCUCGUCGCGUCCUGCAGCGCCACCGGAGCGCGCCAUAGCCGACGAUGGGACGGAAGCGCGCGGUGCUGGUGGGCAUCAACUACCCGGGCACGGAGGGGGAGCUCAAGGGCUGCCUCAACGACGUGGCCCGCAUGCGCCGCUGCCUCGUCGACCGCUUCGGCUUCGACGGCGCCGACAUCCGCGUCCUCGCCGAAGCCGACCCGUCCACGCCGCCGCCCACGGGCGCCAACAUCCGGCUCGAGCUCGAGCGGCUCGUCGGCGGCGCGCGGCCCGGGGACUCGCUCUUCUUCCACUACAGCGGCCACGGCCUGCAGCUGCCCGCCGAGACCGGCGAGGACGACGACACCGGCUACGACGAGUGCAUCGUGCCCUGCGACACCAAUCUCAUCAAAGGUAAAGAUGAAAAGUGCUCCGGAUUCGUCUUGGAGCUGUUACUGUCUGAUUUGACUGACAAGUGAAGGAGCUCCU